AUGAAUUUCAUUAGUCUGGAUCACUAAAUACAUUCUAUUGAAGAUUAUGAUAUUCUUUGUGCAUUAGACCGUACAGACUACUCCACUGUUUAUAAAGCGUAAUCUCAUAAUCCUAUCAUUCAAGACUGGACAAGAAAACAGGACUCAUCGUGGCCAUUAAAGUCAUCAAUUUAGUCAAUCAGGCAGAAUUGGCUUAAGCUGUCUAAACAUAUCGUACUAAACCCUUUAAAAAUAUUUGCUUGGUUGAUAAGUGUUUUGGACAAGAUGGCAAACUCUUUAUUGUUAUGGAAUACUUUGCUGGAGGAUCAUUAAAAGAUUUGAUUCAUUUGUUUAAGAUCAACAAACAAACUUUGGAGACUCAAUAUGUUCAAGUAAUCAUAAGAGAACUUUUGCUUGGUGUAUAAGAGAUCCAUUAGGAAGGUCUUGUACAUCGACAUAUUAAAUGUGAGUUUUAUUUUUACCCUAAAUCUCUUUUUUAGCUGCCAAUCUUUUCCUUUCCCAAGAAGCCAAAGUCAAACUCUCCUAUUUCUCCACCAAUAAGGAAUUUGCUGAUACCAUCAAUAAAUCAUAAUCCCACAUCCUCAGUCUCCCUUAUUGGAUGGCUCCUGAAGUAAGAGACCUUCUCAUUCUAUUAGACCAUUUAAUCCUCAUUGACUGAUCAAAAAACUGAUAUCUGGGCUAUUGGUAUCACUGCAUUUGAAUUAAUAACUUCCAAGAUUCCUUAUGAAGAUGUACCACCCUAGAAGGUUAUUUUUAAAAUAGUCCAAUAACCUCCAAGAUUAAGUGGAGACUAUCCAAACGAGAUGAUUGAUUUUGUACAUCAAUGUCUACAAAGAGAUCCUCGUUUAAGACCAACUGCUACUCAGUUACUUACUCAUCCCUUCAUUAGAAAUGCCAAAAAAACUUAAUUACUUUUUGAAUUACUCGAAAGAGCUGGAAUGCUUAGUGGAGAAUAACAAUAAGCCAGUUGUGAAACUCUUAAUUACACACACAAUCGAGUUGUCACUUCCCUUAAGUUAGAUGCCACUGGAACACCAAUACGAGAGGACGUCGAAUCACUUAAAGAAGAAACUUUGAAGAUUAAGCGUACUUUCAGGAAAAUAGAAAAAUAUAAGCCUGGAUUAGGCAAAAUCGUAUUGACAUUAUACCUUUGCAGAUAUACCAUGAAAUCAUCCAAGUCCUUUAAGCCAAGACCCCCUGAU